AUGUCACAAUCUUUAAUUGUAUUCGAGCCCUCGGGCCGUGUCUUGUACCAACAAAACAAUAAGAUCUCCCCCUUCAACGACUUGAUCUACAGUAUAGUUGAUGAGUCCUACACUGAGCUAGAACGCAAUUUCUACACCGUAAACGGCGGGUCCAGCCACAAGAGAUUCUACUGCUUGAAAGUGAAGGAAACAUGGGCGGCUAUAUACUUUGACAUGGUGUUCACCUUUGACAGUGAAAAGAUCCGACACUCACUUCUGGAUGUGCUCCGCACAUAUUCACAGUUACACGAGGAAGACCUGGAAAAAAUGGCGAAAUUGAUCGAUUUUCAGUUCAACAAUCUUGUGAAACUCAAAGUCAACUUUCUGGUUCCCGAGAAUGAGCCUAAUGGUAAGCUUUCCCCUGUCGCUGCAGAAGCGGACACCGUGGCGGAAGCCUUCUCCAAAAAAAAGACACCUGGUGCGAAAGGUAAGAAAAUGCGGCGAUGGGUCAAUGGAGAGUUGGUUGAUGUCACGGCAGAUGACAAGAUCUUAGACUACUCAGAAUCCAGGCCAUCUGAAGACGAUGCUGGGUUUGUUCGUGAUGAUUUGAAAAUAGACCACGAGACUGCCUUCACUCGGGAGAACGAUUUAGUCUUGAUCAAUGAGCUCCAUGAUGUCUUGGGCAGAGAGGAAGAUGAAGACAGUGGCGAGGAGACGACUAUGACCACGUCAUCGAAACAAGGUUUCUUGUCGAAAAUCACGUCCUAUUUCGGUUCUUCGGCUGACAUCAAAGAGGUCUCCAAAAAGUUUACUGAUCAGUUGAUUUCCAAGAACAUUGCACCCCCCACGGCAAAGGCCAUUAUUGAUCGUAUUGAAAGCAAAAUUGCAUCGAAGACAGUCACCAUACCAGUCUUCAAGCAGGUCUUGACCGACGAACUCACAAAGAUAUUAACACCUAAUGUGUCAACAGACUUGCUUUACGACAUAAAAAAGAACAAACGUGACAGACCAUAUGUUAUUUCAGUCGUUGGCGUGAAUGGAGUGGGCAAGUCAACGAACUUGGCUAAGCUUGCAUUCUGGUUUCUCCAAAAUAACAUGAACGUGCUCAUCUGCGCCUGUGAUACCUUCAGAUCUGGUGCCGUGGAGCAGUUAAAAGUACACGUAAACAACUUGCAACGACUUAAUUCAGGCUCAUCCAGCGAUUCUCGUAUUGAAUUGUUCGAGAAGGGCUAUGGUGGAGGAGAUCAUGUCGUCACAACAGCAAAACUGGCGAUUGCAUAUGCCUCUUCUUCCAAGUUCGACAUUGUGUUGAUUGACACUGCUGGAAGAACUCAUUCGAACGCGAAACUAAUGGCCCCAUUGAAAAAGUUUGGUGAUGCGGCUGACCCUGAUAGGAUUAUCAUGGUCGGGGAGGCUCUUGUGGGCACCGACUCAGUGGAACAAGCUACCAAUUUCAACAACGCGUUUGGCAACAGAAGAAGCCUUGAUUUUUUUAUCAUUUCAAAAGUGGAUACCGUGGGCGACUUGGUGGGCGCCAUGAUAAAUAUGGUCAUGGCCACCAGAGUACCUAUCUUAUUUGUGGGAACCGGCCAGACUUACACAGAUAUCAAAAAAUUGAGUGUAAAGAGAGUUGUUGACAUGCUUACUGCGUAA